AUGACGAAGAACCCGGUCAACCACGGCCGCGCCAAGCACAUUGAUAUCAAGUACCAUCACAUCCGUGAUGAGGUCAAGCGCGGUGAAAUGAAGCUCAAGUACUGUGAAACUGCGGUGAUGCUAGCGGACAUCAUGACGAAGGGACUUCAUGGACCACGCCACAAGGAGAUGACGGCGGCUCUCGGCAUUCGUGCGAGUUCGCAUUGA